UCGAGCGAGCGUUGAACGCGGGAGAACUUCCAACCUCCGUCUCCAUCCGCUCUUUGAGGAAGAACGAACCAAAUUCUACGGACCACACCAACUCCACCAGCUCCAGCUCGGUAGGUGCAGGAAGGUGACACCUUUACUAUAAAUACCGAUGCGAUCCCACUCUCCUACCUGUCAAGCGUAUUGGGAUCUCGGUAUCGCUCGUUAUUGAUACCAGGCUUCCUGUUCUUCUCGCGGAAAUGGCGUCCGAGGGUAUUCUGCUGGGAAUGGGGAACCCCCUUCUCGAUAUCUCUGCGGUCGUCGACGACGAGUUUCUCCAGAAAUACAACAUCAAGUUGAAUGAUGCAAUUCUUGCAGAGGAGCACCAUUUGCCUAUGUAUGAUGAGCUGGCUUCAAAACAUAAUGUGGAAUAUAUUGCUGGAGGCGCAACUCAAAACUCAAUUAGGGUUGCACAGUGGAUGCUUCAAAUUCCUGGUGCGACUAGCUAUAUGGGGUGCAUUGGGAAAGACAAGUUUGGGGAGGAAAUGAAGAAAAAUGUUAAAGAAGCAGGUGUAAAUGCCCAUUAUUAUGAAGAUGAAACUGCUCCAACGGGAACUUGUGCUGUCUGUGUUGUUGGUGGUGAGAGAUCCCUUAUUGCCAACUUGUCAGCAGCAAACUGCUACAAAUCAGAUCAUCUAAAGAGACCAGAAAAUUGGAAAUUAGUUGAGAAAGCACAGUACAUCUAUAUUGCUGGAUUUUUCCUUACGGUUUCUCCCGAAUCCAUACUCCUUGUUGCUGAGCAUGCUGCUGCAAAUUACAAGGUGUUUUUGAUGAAUCUUUCAGCUCCUUUUAUUUGUGAGUUUUUCCGGGAUGCACAGGACAAAGUUUUUCCAUACGUUGACUAUAUCUUUGGAAAUGAGACUGAAGCCAGAACAUUUUCUAGAGUUCGUGGGUGGGAGACCGACAAUGUUGAGGAGAUUGCUCUUAAGAUUUCAGCAUUGCCAAAGGCAUCUGGCACUCACAAGAGGAUAGCUGUGAUCACUCAGGGCAGUGAUCCAGUUGUUGUGGCCGAGGAUGGAAAGGUGAGAUUGUUCCCUGUGAUCUUGUUGCCCAAGGAGAAGUUGGUCGAUACAAAUGGUGCAGGUGAUGCAUUUGUUGGAGGAUUCCUAUCACAGAUGGUCAAGCAGAAGAGCAUAGAUGACUGCAUAAGGGCUGGUUCCUAUGCUGCCAAUGUUAUUAUUCAAAGGUCAGGCUGCACUUACCCUGAGAAACCAGACUUCAAAUGAAAGAAAGACAUAAGCUUCGUUUGGGACAGCUUUCAUUAUACUUCUUAAAGCAGCUUUCUACUACAAAUUCUUUUAAUUUUGUACUAGAAAGCUGCUUUAAGAAGCAGAAAGAAAGCCGUCCCAAACAAAGCCAUAGAUUGGCAUAAAGAUUUCUUAUUCUCGGUUAGUACCCAUAUUCUAAGUUAAGAUUGGCACUCCAUGCAUUUAGAGAUUUUAUCUGAUUAGCUUUGUGAGGUGAGACUCUCACUUAUUCACUAUAAUCGGCUAUUUUAUUUUAAAAUAAGAUCUUCAGGCUGAUGCCUGGUGAGAAGCUUGUAACACUAACAUUUUUCUAUCCAGUGGCUUAAAGGGAAUGCUUGUUUUGAAAA